UCAGAGUAGGAUAAAGUGUAACAAUACCAGAUAAUUUGGACCUUUGCAGUUUUUUAGUGACACUUAAUGAAAUUGGUCACCUCAGGAGUGUGAAAGAUGCGAUGUUGCAGCUGUUUGCUGAAGAGAAAGUUGAGUGCUGUGGCAGAAAUAGUCAUGGAAACUUCGGCAUAGAAUAACGUAAGAAAAUAACAAUCAAUCUUACUAGGAUUUGGAGCCAAUUAGAAUGUCAUUCUUCCCAUGCCUGCAAACUCCAGUGCCUAGCUUAUUUUUUAUUAAAGAUUUUGGCUUUGGGCUAUAUGAAAAACAAUUACUUUUUUUUUUCCUUUUUUCGUUUGUGUGGUUUUUUCCUUUUUUUUCGUUUUUGUGGUUUUUUUCCUUUUUUUUCUUUUGUGUUUGUUUUUUUCUUUUUUAAAAAAAAAAACAAAGUACCACCACCACCACAAAUGAACAGGUGUAAAUCCUGUCAAACAAAUCUCUCCCUCCUUGUCUGGCUGUCCCCUACAAUGAAAAGGGAGGGAUUUCCUUUUGGUUUCGUACCUACCUCCCAGACUCAUUCUCCGCAACGCAAUUUAGUGAUGCUGCUGCUGUAUGUGAUGCAAAAAACCUCUGUUAGGAAUCUGUGUUGUAUGGCAGUGAAAACAAGGAUUUACAAAUGCCUGUGGGUUGUUUUUGUGUGGCUUGAUUCACUUCCUGGUAGCAGUGUAAUUACAGUACAAUUACUCGGUUAUCCUUGGAAGGUCAAACUUUAUUCCUAAUUCUGCUCUGUAAUUCUAGAGGAGUGCAAGAUUUUAUUAUGAAGAGCAAAACCCUUCUGCGUAGCACUGCUGUAGCUGUAAGCUCUGGAGGAUCUGUUUCCAGAGCUGACCUUGGUGGCACGUACACCUGCCCGAGCAAGGUUCUUCCGCGUGGAGCAGGAGUUACUGCCCGAAUCACAAAAUCCAUACGUAGCAGCCCCUGAGAGGGGAAUGUAAUGGACGCACCCAUCUUCAGUAGCCGAGUUUCGGAACCACUGUGCUGGGUCAAGGGUAGGAGAAAUUUUAAUGUAAACAGAUGACAAAAGUGCAUUAAAAUGAGAUUCAGUCUGAAACGGCACUGGAGAGGAGACAUGUACCGAGGGUAAAUCGUUGCAAGCCCUUUGCUCCUUGGCAGCCAGCCUUUGGAUGGGGGUUUCCCUCAAUUGCGGCAGACUCCUGUUUGGCUGAGGACCAAGGCGAGUUGCCCUCCUUAGGAAAUUUCUGGCAGCUGGGAUGUGAAUUUCCCUCCUUGCGCCUGGUUUUCUUGCUUGGGCCAAAGGAUUAUUGCCAGCCCGAGGGAAGAGAGACCAACAGCUCUGUGUCUUUGCCUUUCGUGGAUUUUUAGAGGCAAAAAUUUUAUUUUGAGCAUCCUGUUUUGCAUUUUUAACUGUCGAUGAUGCUCUUAGCUUGCCAAAAAUUGCAAGUGGAAGUACUUCAAAAGGAGAAGUGCUAUGAAGUUCAAUGCAGUAACACAAGGGAGAUUUCUCACUCGCUUCAUUUGCAGCUCAGUGGUUUCCUGUUUGUUGUCCGCUCUCUAAAAAAUUGCCAACAUUAUUUAAAGAGCUUUUCCCUCUAUCUGCUGUAACUAGCUUCAUCCUUCCAUCUUUACUGAGCUUGGCUGUGCCUUUAGUUGUCUGAAGCAUAUUGAGCAGUAACAUAUUAAAUUUAGAACACAGACCAGAGCAGCAGCCUUGCAGUGCGCCCUGAGUGAGUUCCUGUGCAGAGCAGACAAGAAAGUUGGAAUUAAAUUUCUUUUUUAUUUUGUGCUGGAAAAAGUCACUGGGGCGGCUCCCCCAGGCAGAGUACUCCGAGCUGGACCAGCUGUCCUGCAGUGUGUCUCGGGCUGGAGAAGCAGUUACAGACGUUCUUCUGCGCGGCGGGUUCGUUACGGCCGGGCAGCUGGUGCAGUCAAGUCGUUUCCUUACGCCCGGGCAAACCCCGUCCUCUUGCCAUUGUAACGCUCGCUAAUGACUUGGAGCGAAGCUUUCGCUGUCUCGCAAUCCUACACCCCAUUAUGGAGCAGCCGUAUGACCUUUUCUGGGCUAAAUUGCUGACCUCCUUCCUCCUGCAAGAUGAGUGCGUGGGCUUGUGGGCGAGGCUGGAAAUGCCGGAGGAAACGUGCUGUGAAGGUAGCGACCCAUUCGAGCAUCCCAGGGCUGGUGCGAGUUACGGAGGCUUGUACCCUCCGGAGACCUCGGAGCCAGCCCGGCACGGCGGCUGUGGGUUGUGGUCAAAUGACAAUGAAAACCUGCCGUUUGCCAAGCUCUUCACCUCGCCUUCACCGGGAAAAGGAGGUCUGGAGGUUCGUACGGUGUCCGGCUGUCGCUCACCCGCAUCACCGACCACUUACCAGGUUUUCCUCCAGUGAUGGAAGUGGUAACCAGAAGCCGAGUCCCACUCUGUUCACGUGGCUUCCACAGCCUGUGAAACCCCUGGAAGUUUGCUGAAAGGAAAUCCGGACUCUCCUGUGUCACCUCCUGGGAGGGAAGAAAAGUUUGGUGUCCAGGCUGAGAUCCAGUUUGGCUUCAUGUGCCUGCGGUGUCCUUCCCACCAUGGGUCCGGUGGCAUUUUUGUUCCUUAUUUUGGGAGUGUCCUUAAUGCCGCGGCUGCUUUUCGAGGACCUCCAAAAGCACAGCCAAGACCGCCAGCCUGCCCUGCUCCAUGGGACAUCUGGGGUAAUUGGGAAAACGGAGCUGAGCCCCGGCUGGUGAUGGAGGCGACUGGACCCCUCAGGUUUCAUAACGUGCCUCGGGACUCCCCGGCUGCCUUUAAGUGUCCAUGUCAGCAGCGGCUGGCGGCUCCUUCCAAGGGUUGUCCCUGUGGCUGCGGCAGAGGAGAGCUCCGGCACUCGCCGGCAGUGACGAGUCUUCGGACGAGAUGGGGAAUUUUAUAUGGGUGUCAUCUCUGGCCUGCUGGGAUCAGUGGAAGUCUCUUCAUUGCCCUCACUGAAUUUGGCUUGUCCUCGGCUUGGUCUGUGGGUCCAUCGCUGCCAGUGGACGGGGGUCCUCCACACUGGGAGAGCGCUGGAGCGGCAAGGUCAGCCCUGCAGUUGGCCUUCAGAGGGCAGAGCCAAGACAAGAAAUUACUGAGCAGCGGAUGCGAGCGGCAGACGCCAGCCUGGCCCGUGGGAGCCUGCGCCGCCGCUAAUUACAGCCGCUGCCAUGGAGGAGCUGCCAUCACCUCAUGACCAAUGGAAAACCGCAGCCAGGCACCCUCGAAAUGUGGAGCCUGCUGUAAUUGUUCAUGUGUUAUGAUAUUUAAAAUAAUUGAAUGCAGACUAG